CUCGGAGCGAUUGCAACACGUCACUGUUAAAAGAAAAAGCCAUUAGAAUAGUUUAAAAACAAGUUUUAAUUACGCUUCAAAAUUACUAAAUUUAUAAAUACAUCAAAAUAAAAUGAGUGAUAAUGAAGAUCGGCUUGAAUAUGAGGAGGAGCAAGAGAUCUAUGACGAUGGAACGGAAUACGCCGAACCUGGACAGCAGAAGGUUGAGAAACCAUCAAAGGAUGAGAAAAAUGUAGCCAAAUGGCUGAAAAAGAAUGUAAAAACAAAAAAGACGAAAUUUUUAAGUCAUGUUGUUGAAUACUUCACCUCGAGUAAGGCAAUCGAUGCUCUGAUGAAAUCGAAAUUUGCCGAAGGCAAUAAUCCAUUGUUUACCAGCCGAGAGCAGGCUGUCGAAUUUUUGGAUAUAAUGUUGGAGCAUAAGUUUUUCCAUCGGGCCAAAAAGGUUCCAGUGACCCUAGAAGAGAUACGUGGCAAGGCUGCGGCAGCAGGAGCUGAUAAAAAGAGUGAGAGCACUAAAGCUCAGCAGGAGAAGGAGAAAGAGAAGGAUAAACCAAAGGAUGAAAAAAAAGAUGCAGAACCCGAGGGAGACAGUCCUAAGGGUGAUGGCAAUGCAUCGGCAGGAGCGACCAGCGAAAAGGAGAAGAAAACUGAAAAAAAGAAACGUAAAAUUCGUUUAGAUAUGCAUCCAGAACAGAUCUUUGUUGAUGGCUCAGAGGCAUAUGUUUGGAUCUAUGAUCCCAUACCCUUGCAUUAUUGGAUAUUUGGGUUUAUACUGCUUUUGGGUGCAGUUGGUAUUUGUCUCUUCCCGCUUUGGCCUCCACUAUUGCGCAAAGGCGUGUAUUAUCUUUCCAUUGCUGCAGCUGGCUUCCUUGUCUUUAUAUUGGCUUUAACUGUAGUGCGUUUGAUUGUCUUCACAAUUGUUUGGGCACUGACUCGCGGCAAAUUGCAUUUCUGGAUCUUCCCCAAUCUGACUGAAGAUGUGGGAUUUUUCGCAUCCUUCUGGCCGCUAUAUGAGAGCAACUAUGGCAGUGAUUCAAGUACGUCCUCAUCAUCGACAUCUAAAUCUGAAAAGAAAUCGAAAUCAAAGUCAAGGAAAAAGGAUAAAGAUAGCGAUGCCGAAGAGGAUACAGCUGUGGAUGCCGAUCCCGAUGGAGAUUUAGAUAACGACGGUGAGGUUUCCACAUUGGAGCCGGAGAAAAUUGAGCAAAUCAAAGAGCAUGAUGCCGAUUUGGAAGUUCGAAAGCGCCGUAAAGUCGGUGCCGAUGAAUACGAGGAUGAGGAUGUAGAUGUGUCCGAGCAAGAUCAGGAACCAGAGCAGGAGCAGAGUGAACAGCAGACGAAUUCCAAGGACUCUAAAGCUGGCACACCACGGAACUCGGAAUCGGAUUCAGAGAGCUCUAGUAAAGAUUACGAAAUUAUUAGUUCAAGUGAAGUGCAAAAUGUUGCGGGCAACUAAAGGAAAAAUCAAUUAUUAUAUAUAUAUAUAAACUUACAUAUAUGUAUACAUAGAUAUAUAUUAGGAAAUGCAACCGAAGCGUAUAUUUAUGUAACCAUUAGGGUUUUGACAUCUUUGAAGAACUUUCCCAAGUUCUAUGCAGGAUUUCUUUAAAAUAUAUUUGCCAACAUCUAUUUGCAUAAAAAUCAAACCAUAACAAAAAGGAGUUGACAUAUUAAUAGUUUUAAUUAAGCUGGCACUUAGCUGGCUUUUUUAAAUUAUGCGUAGCGGUUGCAUUGCUUGAUUAAUGUCUAUAUAUAUAGAUUUAUAGACCACAUCCACUUGUAGCUAAUUCAUAAUGUCACACCAAACCCAAAUAGGAAACAACAACAAAAAGAGCCACCACAACCACAGCAAGAAAUAUUAAUUCCAAGCAAAUUAGAUCUUUAUAUUCUACAUAUACAUAUAUAUAUAUAUAUUAUGAUGUAUACAUUUUUAUAUAUUUGUGUCUGGCUUUUCCACACACACACACGACCGAUCAUUCUGUUUGAUAUUGUGCCUAAAUCCAUGACUUAUGACACAAGAUUUCCUAUACAUAGUGCAGUAUGCAAAUUUUGCAUAUUUUUUUGUAUGGCGAAAAGCAUUUCUUUAUCUCCACAUGAUUUUCAUGUGCAAUUUUUAAUUGAGUUCUCACAGUUUGCUUUAAUAAAUUUGUACGAAUUUUUUUUUUUAAAUGUAUUCAAAAAGAAGACAAAAUUGUGCAAUUUUCAUUGUUUUAAAUUUUUUUAUAUUUUAUUUUAUUGGAAAUUGAGUGGAAGGCAACGAUUGCAAUUGAUAAUAAUAAAGAUUUAUAUAUGUAUUUACUUUAAAUGUAAUACGAAACAAAAACAUAAAUGAAAUUAGUAGUGUAAACACAUAAUUAACUAUUACAUAAAAUAAAUUAAUGCUAGGCAAUUACGAUGUGACAGAAACAAAAUUUGAUGCAUCAUAAAAA